CCAAUACUGCCGAAAGGAAGUUUGGCUGUGGCCGUUGUGAAUGGGAAUAACAAAGGCGUGCCGCGAAAAGCUGUGAUUCAGUUGAAAGAACUUGGAUUAACCAACCCAUCAGGUUGAUAAUUGGUGACUAUGGUUUGAGUUGGAACCAGCAGAAGGUACAGAUGGGGAUGUGGGCGAUAAUGGCAUCGCCUCUCUUCAUGUCUGUGGAUCUGGACAAGAUUGACGCCCAGUCGCGAAGUCUUCUUCUCAAUCGACGGGUUCUCGCAAUUAACCAAGACAAACUGGGAAUCCAGGGCACGAAGCUAAUGAGCAAGUUACUGCAGAACUAAUAUUAUUAUAUAUCCUCACGAUGGAUGAACAAAUAGAAGUGGAUAUUUCCGACGAAGCAAAGAAAAUAUACUUUAUCAAACGAGGCGAAAUAUUAAACAAUGUUUCUGCAAUCGAGGCAAAGAUUGAACAUGAGCUGAAAGAGUUAACCGAGGAAUUAACUCGUAAACUAGGAAUAGGACCAAAUGAGCAAUUAAUUAGCGAGCUGGCCAAAUCUUUCAAAAAUGGUCCCCUCAUUUCAAAAAUCAACAACAAAUCUUUUCUGAAGAGACUGCAAGAGACAAAAGAAAGCAUUUCUGAAGAGACUGAAAACCGUGGAGAUACUACUGACUACAAAUCAACAGAUCGGUCGAAACAAAAGCAAAACAAGUCUUCAGCGUCAUUUCGUGAUAACAUUGGACACCAAACACAGUCAACAUCGACAGAAACAAUUUGUGAAGACAUUCCACAAAACACAGAUUUUGCCGAAGAACCAUCAAAAAAGGAAAUACAGAAUGCAAAAUCAAAUGGACUACAUUUAGGUAUUUUAAACUUCGGAUCCUGUGAUAGAAAUGUAUCGCAAACAAGUGGAUUGUCAGUUUCAUUUCUCAAUUUAGACAAUAGUCGGGGACAUUCUGGAAUAACGCAAAAGAAGAGUGGAUUCUCUGUUACUUGUGGAAAUGUGAAAUAUACAGGAGAAGAUAACAGUACAAAGUCCUGCGUUUCUGAAGUAGAAGGAUUUGACUUGACAGCUGGAAACAUUUCCAUAACUAAUACUGACAACAGCAAGGAGACAUCGUUAACUGUCACCAAAGGAGCAUCUAUUACUUGUGGUACUGCGUCGGUCACUUUAAACAAUAACAGUGAGAAAGAAGCAACAGUCAAGACAACUGGACUGUCGGCUGAUUUAAUAAAAAUCAGAGGUACAGGAAACGACUCUUCUAGAACUCAGUGUGUCUUGGAAACACAAGGAGCAUCAGUAUCUUGCGGCAUGUUUAAAAGUUCUGCUGUAACCAGUGAGACAAACAAUAUAGUUUCCAAAACAACUGGUUUCAGUGCUGAUGUUGCAAGUGUCAGAGCAACAUUGGUUGAUAACAGUCAAAAUGAUUCAGUAUCAAUUCGGAGUGGUUUCAGUGCUGAUGUUGCAAAUGUCAGAGCAUCAUUUGUUGAUAACAGUAAAAAUGAUGCAAGGUCAAUUCGAAGUGGUUUCAGUGCUGAUGUUGUCAAUGUCAGAGCAACAUUGGUUGAUAACAGUAAAAAUGAUGCAAGGUCAAUUCGAAAAGGUUUCAGUGCUGAUGUUGCCAAUGUCAGAGAAACAUUGGUUGAUAACAGUAAAAAUGAUGCAAGGUCAAUUCGGAGUGGUUUCAGUGCUGAUGUUGCCAAUGUCAGAGCAACAUUGGUUGAUAACAGUAAAAAUGAUGCACGGUCAAUUCGGAGUGGUUUCAGUGCUGAUGUUGCAAAUGUCAGAGCAACAUUGGUUGAUAACAGUAAAAAUGAUGCAAGAUCAAUUCGGAGUGGUUUCAGUGCUGAUGUUGCAAAUGUCAGAACAACAUUGGUUGAUAACAGUAAAAAUGAUGCAAGGUCAUUUCGGAGUGGUUUCAGUGCUGAUGUUGCAAAUGUCAGAGCAACAUUGGUUGAUAACAGUAAAAAUGAUGCAAGGUCAAUUCGGAGUAGUUUCAGUGCUGAUGUUGCAAAUGUCAGAGCAACAUUGGUUGAUAACAGUAAAAAUGAUGCAAGGUCAAUUCGGAGUGGUUUCAGUGCUGAUGUUGCAAAUAUCAAAACAACAUUUGUUGAUGAUAGUAAAAAUGAAUCAACAUCAGUUCGAACUGGCUUCAGUGUUGAUGCUGCAAACGAUAAAUCAAUAUGGUUUGACUACAGUAAAAAUGAAUCAACAUCAGUUCGAACUGGCUUUAGUGCAGACGUUGCAAAUACUAAAGCAUCUUUUGCUGACAAAAGUGAAAAUAAAUCAACAUCAAUUCGAACUGGCUUCAGUGCUAAUGUUGCAAAUAAAAAAUCAAUAUUGUUUGACAAUAGUAAAAAUGAAUCAACGUCAAUUCAAAAUGGCUGCAGUGUUGAUGUUGCAAAUGUCAAAGCAACAUGUGUUGAUAAUAGUAAAAAUGAAUCAACAUCAAUUGGAAAUGGCUGCAGUGUUGAUAUUGGAAAUGUCAAAGCCACUUUGAUUGACGGCAGUAAAAACGAAUCCACAUCGAUUAGAACUGGUUUCAGUGCUAAUGUCGCUAAUAUCAAAGCAACAUGUGUUGAAGAUAGCAAAUGUGAAUCAACAUCAAUUCAAACUGGUUACAGUGCUGAUGUUGCAAAUGUCAAGGCCACUUUGAUUAACAAAAGUGAAAACGAAUCGGCAUCAUUUCGAACCGGAAUCACUGUAAACGCCUUAAAUAUGGAAGCUGCAGCUAAUGACAGACGGAAAAGGAAGACCGCAUCAAGUGGAAGUGGGUUUAACGCCGAUAUUGGAAACGUUCACCUUCUGUGUAACAACACGAGUGAUCAUACCACUGCUUCUGUGAGAAGCGGCCUGAACGCAAACGUGGCUAACCUGCGUGUUAUGGUGAGUGACAACAGCGAAAAGCAGUCAGCAACUUCUCAGUCUGGUCUAAAUGGUAGGAUCGGAAACGUGAGUGUCGUGUACAACAACGUCGCGAAGAAUGAGAAAAGUUCCACACAAUCUGAAAGCAGACAACCGAAUGAAGUCGUAAUGACUUCGAGUGAAUGCAGCUCACAGGGGAAUGAAUCACACUCCUUUUCAAAAGGUACAACCACAUCUGAGAUUCAUCAACGGUCUCAAAGCAUACAUGUUCAGAAAUCUGUGGAGGAACUGAAAAAAAUCGUUGAGGUUGUAAAAGCGAGAGAAAAUGGACUAACAGCACAAAUACAAGUGGGCAGUUCGAAUGAUUCUUUCCCUGCCAUUAGUGAUGCCAGACAACUGAGGGAAAACCUUCUAGGUCGACAUAAAAAGCAUCUCUCCGCGUCUUCAGAAGGUAAUGGAAGGUCGCUGAGCGUCGGGUCGCAGCAAGACACAGAAGCUGAACAUAGAGUAGUGGAACAAGAAGAGUCUAACAAGCCAUUUGGAGCGCAGAAGAACAUCCACACGAUAUUUACACAGGGCGGCCAUAGCACCAAAUCAGUAAAAUAUUUGAAAAGCAAUGUAGCCUGUUUUGGGGAAUGAUUAGUGAUGAAACACUCGUUUGUGGAUUGAUAUUGCUAUAUGUGGAGUCUUUGAACAUUUACGUAACAUUAUAGGGGGAAACGGGCUAUCAAGUGAUGCCUCACAAAACGUUAUGGGGGAGGGAUGUUAGGUAAUGUUUUAUAAUAAUGUCUCAUUUCUGUUCACUCAGUAAAAUGCAACCAAUGAUGUCUAUAUUUUUUGUAACACAUUAUUUUAAAAAUUUUAAAUCUAGUAUUACAAAUGGACAAUGUUUGUCAAAUUACAUUACAAUGACAAGAAAAGUGAUUUGAAGGUGUGUGGUCUAAGCAGUACAAAACGUUACAUGAAGCAGAGGGUAUUAAAAUGCCAGAUUUUGAGUUACGAGACUGUUGAACAGCCCCUGUAGAUCAACGUUUUAAUACACUGUAUAAGUGUAAAUAGACUAAAACAGAACGACAGCUAAGCACAUAGACAGACGGACGGACAAAAACCAUUUGAAUAACAAUUGCAUGAUUCAUCAAUGAACAAUAGGACGAUGAUAAAUAAUACAUAUUUAGUUCCGUUAAAUAUUGUCUAUAUACUUCAACAGUCAGUUGAUUUGUAUUGUGGGUUGGUUGAGCUGUAGAAAAUUAUACAUUAAUUUUUGUGUUGAUCUUAAUAUACAUAUUUAGUCCGGUUAAAAAUUGUCUAUAUACUUCAAUACUCGGCGUGAUUUGUAUUACAUGUAUAGGUUGGUUGAACUGUAGCAAAAUAUACUUCAUUUUUGUGUGACAACAGUAAAAAUGAGCCAACAUCAAAGAGAAGUGCUGACUUUGCUGCAAAUAUGAAAUUUAUUGUUAAAAAUAGCAGUACAAACAACAGUGAAGAGGAAUGAACAUCAGUUGGAACUGGCGUGAGUAUCACGUGUAACACAGCUGUUGGAAACGAGGAAGAUUGGAAAAAGAGUCAACAGGAAAAUAAACCUAGUUCUGAGACUCUUCAACUCGCUAAAAGUACGAUUGGUCGUGAAAGUAUGGACAGAAUUAACGAAAUUGUGAAAGCCGUAAAUACGAGAGCAAACGGACUGAGAGACGAAAUACACGAAGACAUUUCAUCUAAAAUGGACCAUAAGAAAUUUCUUUCUACUUCUUCAGAACAUACAAGACAAUUACAGAGAGAGUUGUCGCUACAAAAUGAAGAAAAUGAAAACACAUCUGUGGAACAUGAAAAUCCCAAGAAACCAUUUGGGUCACACAAAAACAUCCACACUUUAGAAACACUGUAGAGCCAAAGUAAGAAACCAGUGAAAAUGAAGGGCAACAUUGCCUAUUUUGGUGAAUGAUUAGUGAUAGCACCCACGUUAGUAAGAACACUGUGCUGUCAGAUCAGGCCAGGUCAAGUCAAGUCAUAGGGUUUAACGUGCACAUUCAGAACAAGCUGUUGUAGCGCACGCCUGUCAUGGGCAUAGGUGUCGGCCUGGGUCAAAUCAUGUUAUAUGUACUCCAUGGUGAUGACCUUGAUUCCAUAGCUACACCUAUCAAUGAAAUGAACACAAAUGAAACAGACUGUCGUGUGACACCUGUUAAUUAGUUGUAGUUGGUAAAGACGUUUUUAUUUCUUGUAACCUGUCUUAUUUGAGGGUAUGUAGAAAUAGAAUUAAGCUAUAUAAUGCAAUUUUACGUUAUAUUCCUUUGUCUCAUUAUCAUCUUGUGUGUAUAGGAUAACGCAUGCCUCCGAGGUUAUGGUUGGGAUAGUAAAACCCGAGGGAAGAAAGGUUUGUGAAAGUAAGACCUGAGGGCGAAGCCCGAAGUCUUACUUUCACAAACCUUUCUUCCCGAGGGUUUUACUAUCCCAACCAUAACCAAGGAGAAGUGCGUUAUCCAACAUACAAAUCGUUAAUAAGUGUUGUUUAUUCUGCGUUUUAUGAUAAAGCAAUUUUUAUUUGGAAAAAAAAACCCCAACAAUCUUUCCCUCGUCGAAAAAAAUAGAACAGUCGACAGUUUCAUUGAAUUCACCUAUGCACGUGCACGAGUUGGGUCAGCCCACAUGUGUCGAGAGAAGUCACGUGACUAUCACUGGAAUUUCUCGUGCGGUACACCGCGUGGUCAUAUUCGCAAAUGCAGUGGACUGUCAUGGACCCAAGCGAAGUUUUACUUCUGUGGUAAAACCUGCGUUGGAGGUUUUACUUCUGUGGUAAAACCUUCAAUGAAGUUUUACCUAGAAUAUAAUCAUCAUCCAAUAGCAUAGGGGUAAUUCGGGAUAGGUUUGUAUAAGCGUACGGUACUCGGGUCCGGGUCGAGUUUGACCCUCGAGUACUCGAGUCCAAUAUAUUGGACUCGUGAAGGCCCUAGUUAAUUUUGGUUAUGUUUGUUGUUUAUGUUGUUUUUGUUGGGUUAUUUUUGGGUGGGUUGUUUGUUGUUUAAUGGUUUUAUGAAUGUUUUUGAUGGGGGUGGAUAUUACUAUUUAUUAUUAUUAUUAUUUUUGUGGCGGAAAGGAAACAUUUAAAUCAAUAUGUAUACAGUAUAUAUGUAUACAGUAUAUGUAUAUGCAGUCGGAUUGUAAUAAAUAGGGUCUGUAUAUUAUCAUAGGUGGUGGCAUAAAAAAUAGUUGUAGUUUUGGUAAUGACAUAUCUAUUAUUUUAACUAUGAUUUUAAAAAUGAUGUUUUAACCGUAAUUUUUUUUAAUUUGUAUUUAGAAAAAGGAAGUGAAAAAAUCCUAUUAUAGUUUUUGUGUGUGUUUUAUUUUUUUUUAUUUUUUUUUUUCCUUUUUAAGGCGUCGGAAGCGGGGAGCGGGCCGGGUAGCACCAGCAUUUCUCCCAACACCACUAAGUAA